ACUGAAACCAGGAAGCAAUGCAACGUCAAAGUGCUUUGCGCGAUAUUCAGAAUGAAUUUAAGAAGAUCAUUGGCAAAGAGGCAAACAAAUGCGAGCUGAUGCAUUUGGAAAUAUUCCACUGUAACCCGGAAGGCAGCUUUAAGUCGGCAACUUUCAGGAUGCCGCUUUUCGGGAUAUCAGAACCCGUGCCUUCUGACCCGCCAACACCAUGGAACAGUUUCAUAUUUCAAUUCGAAGAUGUAUUCAAUUUUAAGAAUUUGGAACUAUUGAUAAACGUUGAAAAUUCCGACGACAGUAGAUCUAAAGUCGACCCCGACCUGUUGUCAGCAUACAACUUGUUAGUUGAUUACAUUGCAGGCAAAGAAGCACAUGAUGUUUGCUUAUCAAAAAUUUGCAAAUCCAUGGACGGAAGCCUGCCUUCGUCAUCUUCAGAGACUGAUAUAGCCUAUGCUUUAGCUGUUCAUUUAUUUAUGCCACUGACUGGUGGGUCCUGUGUCCUAGAUAACCACUCCAGAUCUUGGCCAAAGAGUUGUCCAGGCGGCUGCAAAGGAGAAGUACAGAAAGGACCGACAGGUGUUGGUGCUGUUCAAAUUUGGCAUGGUUUUGCUGAUAUUUUGAUCAGUCAGAAGAUUCCUCUAAAGAUUUGGAAAGAUGUUCCUGAAGUUCUUGCAGAUGAGCAAAAUGAAGACACUGGAGAAGAUUCAGAUAGUGCAGCUGAAGAUGCAUCACUACCCAUAUGCUCAAUGUAUUCUUUGAAUGUUGAAGUAGCAAUGAAGCAACCACUUUGCCAGUUAAUAGCACAAACAAUUACCAACAGUUUUGCACAGGUCAACGAGAACAAACAGCUCUCGCAAUUUCUCGUUCCAUCUUUUGGUUGUUCCAAUAAUCAGAUUGUGAUUUUUGGAUAUGACUGUGAAAAUGACGUUCUUGUGAAAAAGAUUGAUCCAAUUGUACUUUGGAGAGAGGCAGAUAAUGUCUGGCAUCUUUCAAUUUCUGCUAUUGUUCAAAUUUGGAUGUACAUAUAUUUCCCACUUUUGAUGUUGCCAUCCUUAGCAAAAAGGUAUGACAACAAUAUUCAAUCAAAUUUUCACAAGUGUCACACUAUCAAAUUUUUUCGUAAGUAUUCAAAAUGCCACACAAAAGGGUUUUCACAUGAUGGAGGUGCCAAACUUCUCCGUGCACAGUUUAUGAUUCCAAAAAAAAAAAUGAAAACUAAUCAGUAAUAAACUUUUCCUUGCACCUGUAACAUUCAGUUUGUUGGAUGAAUAUAUACCAGGUGAAGAAUCAGAAGUGAUAUUCUAUAAGAUUCUUUUGUUCCUGCAGAAUGCAAUAUUCUGUCAAAUUCUAUCUAAAGAGUCCUUGGGUAAAACAAAUAAUGAUGCGUCUUUGGCCAGUAGGACAUGACCCUUUAGAUGAAAUAGAACAAAUUCUGCUUGGAUGAAUAUUUUAGAUUAAUCUUUUGGGGUAAAAGUAAGAAUAUAAGCAUAGUAAUUAGAAAUGUUUUGUUGAAGUGAAACCUCAGACAUCAAAGUGAGAAAUAUAGGCCUCUUUUCUAUGUUCAUCAAGGUAUUUUGUCAAAAAAUUUAGAUUGAUCGAGAGUUUGAAAUACCUAUCUUUAGGUGGAAAAUGUAACAAUAUAAUAGUGAGUGAAAUGUUUUGUGGUGAAAGCUGAAAUAUCCAGGUGGAUACAGAACUCCGGUGUAGUUGCAUUGGCUGCUAUGGAAUAUUUCAAUUGAUUGAAAUAAACUAUAUGCUUGUUCUCCAUCCCCAACUGGAGAUUGAUAUGCAAAUUGACAGUAAUUAAGAAAAAAAAACUUCUCAAAACCCAGAUAUGAUAGAAUCAGUUAUUCUUAAUGAAUUGAAGGAUCAUGUGCUAAAAUGAUCAAAAUGUGUAGAAUCAGCAAUUGUAGAAUCAAAUGAUCUUAUGGUUAGAAAAAUUCAAGGUGCUUUAUCAAAAUUGUUAAUUUUAUGUCCCCAGGAUAUACUCCAUUAGAGGGAGUAAAGAUUAGGACAGUUUAAUAAGCUACUUUCAAUUUUAUCUGAUGAUGGUGGGCUAUUCAAUUCGCCCUGUGUCUGUGGUCCGUCCCUCAAUCCCUCCAUAAACAAUUCUUGUUAUUGCUAUAUCUCAGAAAGUACUGAAGGGAUCUUUCUAAAAUUUCAUAUGUAGGUUCCCUUUGGUUCCUUAUUAUGCUAUUGCAUUUUCGGACCAGUCAGAAAACAACAUGGCCGACAGGCAGCCAUCUUUGAUUUGCAAACAGCCAUUAUCGCUAAAUCUCAAAUUUCAUAUAUAGGUUUCCCUUGUUUGAAAAGUAUUGGAGAGAUGUUUCUCAAUUUACACAGAUUAGUAAGAGGAAGGGAAAAAUAAAGAGAUCAAUCAGACACGGAACCUAUAAAGAUCAUUCAAUGGUGGGCGCCAAGAUCCCUCUGGGAUCUCUUGUUUCUAGACACAAACUAUUAACUUCAACCUUGCAGUCUUUAUUAAUUAUGUAACAUGUACAUUUUAUGUAUAUUAUCAGUAUUAUUUACUAAUGCUUGUAUGUUUUUGAGUCCAGUGAAGAAGAUUGUGGAAAUCCGGUACUGGAAUAAACAGAACUUAACAUUUUGAUAAGCACAGACUUAACAAAGUCCUUGUGAUUACAUUUGAAAACUCUUUGUAACUUCAUGUUUACAUAUACCUUACAUUUUAAUUUAUAAUGCGAUAAGACGUAUGCUAAAUAUGUUUCUGAAAAUUAGAUGGUUUGUUAAACAUACAUACGUAUGUGUACAUGUCCCUGACAAAACUGAAAAGUCGGACAGCGUCAUCAUUAUAUAUAUCCUGAAAGUCUUGACAUCACGUCCACAUCCAGGUGGCAAUGAAAAAAGUUUGUCAGAAUAAAAUUACAAAAUAUGGAAAUAUAUAACAUAGACACCAAUAUUAUCUACUCACGUUUUCAAUUCUCCUGCCUAUCAAAAAAAAUUUCAUGAACGAUGUCAAAAGCAUAAAUACUACACUCGUUCGAUUAAUGGUGAAAAGACCUAUUGUAUUUUGUUUUGUUUCUUCUUAUUCUUAUUAUUCUUCUGGAAAUAAUGACCAAUGUCUAUAGUAUGUAACAAAGGCCAAAAUAUGAAGAUGUUUAAGAAACCUUUUAAAAGUAGGUCACAAAAUCCAAUAUGGCCACCAUGAUGUCAUGCCUGAAAAGUUUAAAAUAUCCAUAACUCAAAAGGUAUUCAUUAAACUAAGGUUAUGUAAUUAUAUUUAUGGAGAUAUUGUCGCCAAAUUCUUAAAUUUUUGAUUUCUAUUUUUUUUUUACAUAGAUUGAUGCUGUAUGUCAUUCUGUUGAUUAUGAUGUGUUUGGUUUUUUAGGUCAUCUGACCUGAGUCAUCGUUCUCCGUCCGUCGUCAUCUGCCGUAAGCUUGUGUCGUAGGCCAUCACGAUAUUACUUUCAAAACGCUACUCCUCAUUUACUUUAAAGUGGAUUACUACCAAGUUUGGUAUGAAAUAUGAUGGGGGAGUGCAAACAUUUUAGGUAAAUGAGGCUGGUCUGACCCCUAGGGCCCGAUUGGCGGGGCCCCAGAAGGGGAACUUUGGUGAAUUUUUGCUUUAAAACCAAGUUUGAUCACCACUUUUCGCAGAUGUUAUUUGGCCCCUUGAUUAACGCAAAAUGCAAUUUUUGGAUGUUUCUGUGCAAUAACAGCAUCAAAUAUUAUCAGAUUUUCUUGAAACAACAUUAAAUGCCUAAAUGGCUGUGCUGAGUUUGAUUACCACUUUUCGCAAAUGUUAUUUGGCAGAGUACUGUCUCCUUGAUUAAUGAAAAAUGUCAUUUUUUGCAAAACACUCCUCUCAAUAACUGGUGGAAAUAUUAUCCAGCUCUUCAAACGAUAUACAUGGACUUGGCCAAGUUCAAUAGCUGUGGUAACCUCAGAUCUAAUUGUGUCAACAGCAUGAAAGUUACAUGUUCCAACCAAACCUAAAAAGACUUCACUUACAAUAUGAUUCCCCCCUCACGAAAGGCGUAAAGAGUGGGAUAUAAUUUCUACCAGCUAGCUUGUUACCAAUGUUAAUUCAACAAACCCUCCUGCCAAAACAAUUUCUUGGUUUUCUCCAAGGACACAAAGACCAUUAACUUCUGAGUAGUUGCAAAGAAACUCAUUGAGAGCCAUGUUAUUUGAUGGGUUUCUUAAAAAUUUCUUGUAGUUUGGAACAUUUCUGGUACCUAGGGACUUGAUAUUACAUCUGUAGCAUGCUGGGGUGAAGGGCUACCAAGUUUGUUCAAAUGGAUGACCUUGACCUACAUUCAAGGUUACAGGGGGUCAAAUAUGCUAAAAUUUUAGUACAUCUUCUCAUUAACCAAGAAGCCUAGAAACCUGAUAUUGGGCAUAUAGCAUGCUGGGAUAUGACCAUGAUCUUGACCUUCAUUAACCGUCACCAGGCUCAAAUAUGCUAAACAAAUCCUUUAAACGUCUUCUGGAGGACCAACACACAUAGAAACAAUAUAUUUUGCCUGUAGCACGCUGGAGUUAACAAAUUGACCUCAUAUUCAAGGUCAGAGGAAUCAAAUCUACCAAAUAUUCCAAAAUUAAGGUGACUGUUAAGGCCCAUGGGCCUCUUGUAUUUCAGUUCAACCAUCAUUUUCUGGUCCCUUACAUAUAAUCAGUCAUUAAGAAAAGUAGGUUGUUCUUUGUUCUACGGUGGGUAGGGGUUGGCAAAUUUUUUUUGCCUUCUUUCUGCACUACUACCAAAGAUGUACAGAUAAUUGUACUGUAGCAUGCUGAGAUAAAUUAUUAAAAUGUUGAAAAUGAAUUACCUUGACUCAAGUUUGCAACGGUCAAAUGUGUUUGAUAAUCAAGAUGCUGAUAUAGCCAGGGAACUAAUACUUUGCUUGUAACAUACUGGGAUGAAGGACUUCCAUUUCAAGGUCAGAGGGAUCAAAUAGAUUUAAAAAAAAAUCAAAUACAUGUAAAUAGAGGGGAAAAAUUAACCAGGAUAGGUUAUACUAAUGUGUCUUGUUAAGUUUGCAGGUGAGUGAUAUAGGCCCAUUAGACAUACAUGGUGUAAACUGUUACAGCUAUAUUAUAAUUGUAUAUAUGUAUAAAAAAUAUUCUAAUGAAAUUCUUUUAAAUGCAUUAUCACUUAGUUCUUUAGCAAGUAAUUAAAAGCAAGUUAUACAAAUGAAUUUUUUUCAUCAUCUAUUGUUGCUAUAUUCAUGUUGAAGGAUAUAUCUGUCACUUACAUGUAUGAUGAAUUGAAAAAUUAAUGGAUAUUUGCAAAGAGGAAUAAAAAGAACUUGUAUCCAGUUU